AUGGCGGCCGUCAACGUCCCUAUCGAGAAAAGUCUCGACAUCGCCGAACUCGAGCGUGCCGAUACCACCAUCUCGGCUGACUUUGACAAGCUGAACGACGCCAAGAUCAAUGCCUUCACUCCAGCAGAACAAAAGAAGAUCAUGCGGCGUAUCGACAGACGGCUGGUGCUCACUUUGGGCUUUCUCUACACCGUCUCCUUAAUGGAUCGUACCAACACCGGUAUCGCUGUCGUCGCCGGCAUGGGAGUCGAUCUCGUCCUGAUCGGGAAUCGAUACUCCAUUAUGGUGCUUGUCUUUUUCAUCACCUACGUCUUACUACAGCCUCCUGCUACUGUCGUUCUUCGAAAAAUCGGCCCACGCAAGUUCUUGCCCACUAUCACCUUACUCUGGGGGGUGACAAUGUUAUCCGCUGGCUUUGUCAAAACCUGGACUGAGUUGACCGGUCUUCGAGUGAUUCUCGGUGUUUUUGAGGCUGGUUUCUUCCCAGGCUGUGCCUAUCUCCUUAGCUGCUGGUAUCCUCGCUACGAACUCCAGAAGCGUAAUGCCGUCUUCUACCUCAUUGGAUCCAUGGCGUCCGCCUUUGCUGGUAUUCUUGCCUAUGGCUUCUCCCAGCUGAAGAACCACGGAUCAGGCCCGAAAUGGUGGGGGAUUCUUCCCGGCAUCGCGGGUUGGAGAUGGAUCUUCAUCCUACAGGGGGUUCUGACCUGUAUCCUGGCUAUUGGCUCCUACUUCCUGAUCGUGGACUUCCCCGAAAAGGCUACGGAUACGUUCGGCUUCAAGUUUCUGAACCAAAAGGAGGUCGAUUUCGUCGUCGCCCGCAUCGAAAAGGACCGUCACGAUGCAAUUCCCGAGGAGUUCAGACUCGGGAAAUACUUGAAGAACGCUUUGGACCUAAAGGUCUGGGGCUUUGCCUGGCUCUUCGGUCUUACAACUACAAACACAUAUGCUAUCGCGUAUUUCCUUCCAAUCAUUCUCAAUGACGGCAUGGGUUUCGACGUUGCAGCCUCACAAUGCCUCAUCGCACCCCCCUAUGUCCUCGCCGCAAUCGUCAUGUAUCUUUUCGCCUACCUCGGCGACAAGUGGCAUAUUCGAUCCCCCUUCGUUUUAAUCAACGGCUGCUUGCUCCUAAUUGGCCUCCCCCUUCUCGGCUAUUUGGACAACGUUCCUGUUCGCUACUUUGGCGUUUUCAUCGCAACCACUGCUUGCAACGCAAAUGUACCGGCAGUUCUCACAUGGCAAGCAAAUAACAUUCGCGGACAAUGGAAGAGAGCCCUUUGCUCGGCCACAUUGGUCGGCGCUGGAGGUAUUGGUGGCAUUAUAGGCAGCACGGUCUUCCGCUCGCAAGACAAGCCUAACUACCACCCGGGCAUCCUCACCUGCAUGCUGGCAAGUGCCCUGAUCAUCCUCAUCACCCUUGCUUUGGAUAUGAAGUUCUAUCUGGCCAACAAGAGAGCCGCCGCUGGCGGCAAGCCGAUCGAGGGUCUCGAGGGAUUCCGAUACACAUACUGA